UCACCGACUCUUCUUUCCCCAACUCAACUACACAAUUAUCAUUACUUUGAAACACGCACAUUUUAUAACCUCCUGUACAUUAUAUUAAACUAUUUGAAUAAAUAAAUUGUUAAAAAUUUACAACAAUUAACAUCCCCAAGUUUUUUAUUCAUCUCUUACUCUUCUAUAAGUUUUUUAUUUGAUAAAAAAAAAUGACACCUGCAAAAACUGAUGAUUUUGUUGAAAAAUUAAGAGUUGCUUUUGAUGAUGACAAUAACGAGAGUAAAUUAAAUAAAAUAUGUACUGAUAUUGUAAAAGACAUUGAAAAUGGAAAAAUAAAAUUGUUCCAAGUAAUCGAACAAUUGGGUGGAUUUUUAACAAGCAAAGAUGUAAAUAUUCGUGAAAAUGGUGUCAAGUCACUGACAAUUAUUCUUGACAAAAUAAACAAAAGUUAUUUGAAUGAACAAGAAGUUGAAUUGUUAUCGUCAUUUUAUUGUGAACGUCUUAAAGAUCAUCACAGUAUCAUUCCAGCAGUUAUUCAAGGAAUUUUAUCAAUCGUACAAAUGAAAAACCUGCCAAAAACAUCAGCGCCAAAAAUAUUCCACGGUCUCUUCAAUGAUUUACGAUGCCAGUCUGAGUUACAAUCGACACGUAAAAAUAUAUUUCUCAUAUUAAAAAGAGUUUUAUCACGUGAUCUAGAUAAUCUAAAACUAAUGGGUCCAGAUUUCGUAUAUGGAGUGAUAUCGUCAAUGGACGGAGAAAGUGAUCCGCGAAAUUUAAUGAUUUUGUUUGAUACCUUACCAAUUUUUUUACGCGAAUUUCCUCUAGGUCAUUUAACUGAAGAGAUGUUUGAAGUUCUCGCGUGUUAUUUUCCCGUUGACUUCAAUUCGGCUGGCAAAGAUGGUCAAGAAAUAACACGAGAAGAUUUAGCUCGUGGCUUAGAAAAUUGUUUGAUCCAAGUUCCAGACUUUGGUGAAUUUGUCUUACCAUUAACGAUUGAAAAACUCGAUUCAAAUUUAAAAACAGCCCGACUUGAUGCUUUGAAUUUAUUAAUUAGAGGCUUGAAAAUUUACGGGUCUGAAAUAUUAACAAAACACAUUGAUGAACUGUGGCCACUAUUAAGGCGCGAUUUAUUACCAGGGACUGAUCAGGAGUUAAAAUUGAAAAGCUACGAGGUGAUAAUCCAAGCAACUCAAAUCUUCAGUGAUGAUAAAGUCAGCUUAGAAAAAUUUAUAAGUCGAAUAGUUGUGGAUUUGAAAUCGAGUUUGGGGGAUGUACAGUUAAAUUUAUACUGGCCAUCGAUAAAAAUAUUGGAAAAUAUUGCGCAGUCUCAUGUUAAUGCCUGUCAUUAUAUUUUGAAACUGAUUGUUCCACUUUGUUUAGGACAGUACGGAACAAAGACAACUAGCAGUGAUAAAAUUCAUGUGAUUGAGACUUUAAAUAAUUUUUUACUCAUCUCGGAUAAUUUGGGCGUUAAAAUAUCAGAUAUUCCUGAACUAAAGUGGACCGACAUACCCGGUUUAUAUAUAAACGAAUUGUCCACCAAAGAGAUUUCUUUGAAAUCAAAACUUAUCGAUGGUUUGUCAAUGCAGAAAUCAUCAUUAUCAAAAAACCAACGGCACUUGAUCUACGAAAAAAUAUCACAGGAAAUCGACUACAAAAGUAAUGAAAAUUUAAUGACGUCAUGUUACAACACGCUAAGAACAUUUUCGAAAUUAUACCCAUCGGAAAUACUUGAGUUAAUCGACGACAAACUGAAAAAUAGCGACAAAGAUUCUUGGAAAGUCCGCAAAAAUAGAAUUAAUACCUUAGCUGAAAUUUCUACACUUUCAUGCAUCGGGACGACAACUUUGCCAAUUUUAGUUGACAUCGUAACGUCAGAUGACAAUGAAAUGAAUAUUGUGUCGCUAAAUUGUCUGAACAAAAUUGUAUCCUCAGAUAAUUGCGAUUUUGAUGUCCAUAAAUUUUUGUACGAACGCUGCGAUGUCGUUACACGGUUGCUAACAUUAAAUUCAAAUUUCAAACACGAUAGGCAAAUAAUCUUAGAUACACUGCCUCUGAUAAUACGCAAAUUAAACGUCGAACAGCAACGAGAAAUACUUAGUAAAUUUGUUGGUUUAGUGAAAGAAAUAAUUGACUGUAAUAUUGCGACAUUAGAAUGUAUUGCGACGCCUUUGAUACCUUGUAAUAUUUUCUUUUUUAGCGAAGAUAAGUUUGUAGAAGUAUUUAAAAAGUUAAUAGGAUUUGCAAUUAAGGACAAGGAUGAUAAAAUAAAAGUGUCUUCUUGUAAAAUGGUAUCGACGUUCGUUAACAAAAUGGAAGAAAGUCCUUGUCUAGAAAGAUUUUUGAAUUCGAUACGAGAAUCGAUUCUAGAAAUAUUGGAAUCAGAUGACUACGAUUUGGACUGUAAAAAAUCAGCUGUCAUUUUGAACACUUGGGUAACUAAAGCCUUGAUAACUUCCGGUAAUAGAAGAGCGCAAGAUUUUAUUGACUAUCAGUUGAAUAUUUUGAAAAUUAAUUCGAUUGGUGAAUUCGCGGCACAUCAGUUUGGGAUUUUUGUUGAUAGUAAUGACAAGACGAUAAAUGAAAACAAUCAUUGUAUUAUAAAACUAUUUUACAAACAACGAAUUUUUCAAAACGUUAUUCAGCAGAAUUUAUUAUUCGAUGACUCGUCGAGAAGAAAUUAUUUGAUCGCUUUUAUUUAUUUACUUAAGGAAAUUCCACAAGACAUUUUACUGAUGAAUUUAUCUAAGCUGGUACCGUUACUUAUUGAAUGCCUGUCAUUGGAUGAUAAACAAGUGAUAUUAUCCGCACUUAAAAUUUUGAAGUUUUUAUUGGAUACGAAGAAUAAGAUCUUCGUUGAAGAAAUCCAAAACUUCAUCACUACGUGCUUAAAAUUAACGACAUAUCCAGACAUGAAUGUGAGGAUAGCAGCGCAUGAUUGUUUAUAUAGUUACUGUAAUUAUUCAACAAUUGAUAUUAAGCCCUAUCGUGAGGAUAUUUUGGAAAAAUUAUCUGAAACAAUCGAUGACAAAAAGCGUUUAGUGCGACAAGCAGCUGUAAAGGCACGAACUCGAUGGUUCCUAGUUGGAUCUCCUGGCGAACCUGAAUAAUGUUAUUUAUAAUAAAAAAAAUUUGAAAGAUUAUUGUUUUAGUUAAUUACAAUUUUUUUUUUUUAGUUAAACUAUUUUUGCUGUAUAGUCGAUAAUAAAAAUAAAUAAAAUAACA